AUGUCUCAAUCUGAUUCUGAAGUAAUUAAAGAAAAAAAGAAAAAACAUGUAGACCUUACAUGGUUUAGAGAGAAUGAAAAUAUAAAUUUUAGAAGACCAAUUAUGUUUCCUAACAAUGAAGGACAUAUAACUGAAUAUAUUCAAAUCAAAUUAAAUAAUAAGCAAAAUACUCUUCUUGACAAAGAACAUCGAGAAUUUCUUAAACAGUAUAAAUUUGUUCUCGAUAAAGAUAAUAAUAUUAUUGAUGAAGCUAGUAAAGAAUAUUUACUCGAAUUACUUUAUCCUGAAGUAAAAAUAGUAAAUAUUAAAUUUAAGAAUGAUUAUUCGUUUGAUUUACGUGAAUUAUUAGCGCAAGAUAAUGAUAUUAUUGUCAGUAUUGAACUUUCAAAAUUAUAUACAUGGGAUUUUAAAACAGGACAAUACAAGAUGAUUCUUAACAAAAAUAGACAAGUUACAAAAAAUUAUAGGGGUGGGAUAUAUGUACGUUAUGGUGAUACUUAUGAAAAUAUGCAUAAACCAAAAGUAGCAUCUGUAAAAAACCCAAAAAGAAGAGGAAAAGAAUGUUCAAAAAGAUAA